UCAGUUCUAAUUCUAUUUUUUAGAUAAAUCCUUGGCUUUCUGUUUUACAACCUUACUAUUAAGGAUAUGUGUCUUGCCACAACUGUAGGCAACAAUAACCAAGGAAAAACACUCCCAACAAAAGUUGGGGGAAGUCAAAUAACACCCGCCAAAGAUGGACCUCCCCUUACACAUCUGAGUGGAAAAAAACAAGGGAGGAGAGAGAGAGAGAUUUUUGAGUGUGUGUCUGUGUGAGUGAGAGGCAGAGAGGUUUCUGAAUUGUUGGAAAAUUUUCUUUCAUGUCUGAAUCAAGAAGGAAUCCAAAUAUUGUUUGUGAAACAUCUGGAAGUUCUUGUGUCGAGAACAUUUGAUUUUGGAACUUCUAGAUUAUCAAGAAAGGAACAAGUUCCGAACAGAUCACAUAUUUCAUGCAAGACAGAGAGUAUAUCAAUUCGGUUAUUAUUCAGUUUUUGAUUUAAGAAGAGAAAUAAAGGUCAGCAAUUUGAGAAGAAAUGUGGCCUCCACAGCCGAAUUCUGGGGAGAGGAUGCCUCCAAUGACUAGGUUGGUCGCCGUGGCAAUAGACAAGGAUAAGGGCAGCCAAGUAGCUCUCAAGUGGGCCGUCGAAAAUCUUCUUGGCAAAGGCCAGACUGUCAUUCUAGUUCAUGUCAAACUCAGACAUUCUAUGACAGGAUUAACCACAUCGCCGUCUUUGCCUGGCUCCUGGCCUAGCAAUAACUCUGAUAUCACCGACGAAAUUGGAGAUGAUGCACAAUUAAAGGAGCUGUUCCUUCCUUUCCGUGUCUAUUGCACACGCAAAGACAUACAAUGUUAUGAUGUGGUGCUGGAUGACACGGAUGUAGCGAGAUCUCUUAUUGAGUUCGUUAAGCAAUCUGCGAUUGAUAUGUUGGUUGUCGGGGCUACAGCUAAAGGCAGCAUCUUCAGAUUUAAAAUGAAAGACAUUGCUGGAACUGUACUAAAAGGUGUGCCAGAUUUUUGUACUGUAUAUGUCAUCCAUAAAGGAAAGAUCUCAUCCACAAAGGCAGCCUGCCGCCCAGCCCCAUCCAUCCUCAGCCCGCUUCGCAACCAGAUAAUGCUUCAAGCCAAUAGCAAAUAUAAUGGAAUGGACCAAUCAAUGGGCUCCAGUGCCAAUUCUAGAAGUUCCGUUACAGGCCACUCAAGGCCCGGAUCUGAGCCAUCUCCGCGUGCAAGGCAAAAUGACUCAAAUUUCAUCAAGUCUCCGUUCACUCACCGGAGGGCUCCUAAUGGAAAAGCAUAUGAACUCUCUACACCGGAGACUGACAUAUCAUUUGUCAGUUCCGGGAGGAGGAGUGUUGAUGUAUAUCCGACAUAUAGUGAGAGCUUUGAAGGAAGUCUCACCCCUCCUCGGCUUUCUGGAUUCUCCGAUGUGGAUUCUCAAGGAUAUGACUCUUGGACCACUGGACGUAGAUCCCUGGACAUAUUACCACUAGACCUUGCUGCUUCACCCGAGCCUGAUAAAGCAUUCAGUGGACAAACAAUGGACGAAGUAGAAGCAGAAAUGAGAAGGUUGAAGCAGGAACUCAAGCAAACAAUGGAUAUGUACAGUACAGCAUGCAAGGAAGCACUCUCAGCUCGAGAGAAGGCAAAGGAGCUCCAGCGUUGGAAAAUGGAAGAACAAAAGAGACUAGAAGAGGCUCGACUAGCAGAAGAAGCAGCACUGGCUCUUGCGGAAAAAGAAAAGGCCAAGUCUAGAGCAGCCCUUGAGCAUGCUGAAGCAGCUCAAAGAAUAGCAGAACUGGAAGCGCAAAAGAGAAUCAAUGCGGAAAUGAAGGCCCUAAAAGAGGCAGAAGAGAAGACUCGGGUGCUCAGCUCUCUGUCUCAGCCAGAUUGCAGGUACAGGAAGUACACAAUCGAGGAGAUUGAAGUUGCUACCGAAUAUUUUGCACAAUCUAGAAAGAUAGGAGAAGGGGGUUAUGGGCCGGUAUACAAGUGUUAUUUGGACCAUACACCAGUCGCAGUGAAGGUCCUCCGUCCUGAUGCUACUCAUGGUAGAUCACAGUUUCAACAAGAGGUAGAAAUUUUAAGUUGCAUACGGCACCCAAACAUGGUCCUGCUUCUAGGUGCCUGUCCUGAGUAUGGUUGCUUAGUUUAUGAGUAUAUGUCGAAUGGAAGCUUAGAGGACUGUCUAGUCCAGCGUGGUAAGACUCCACCGUUAUCCUGGCAACAUAGGUUUCGGAUUGCAGCUGAAAUCGGAACCGGCCUACUUUUCCUCCACCAGACAAAACCAGAGCCACUGGUACAUCGUGAUUUGAAGCCCGCUAAUAUUCUGCUCGACCGCAACUAUGUCAGUAAGAUUAGUGAUGUUGGCUUGGCUAGGCUCGUCCCUCCAUCCGUGGCUGACAAUGUUACUCAAUAUCGGAUGACAUCCACAGCUGGAACUUUCUGCUACAUUGAUCCAGAAUAUCAGCAAACUGGUAUGCUGGGUGUAAAAUCUGAUAUAUACUCCCUAGGGAUCAUAUUCUUACAGAUUCUAACGGGCAAGCCACCAAUGGGUCUGACUCAUCACGUUGAGAGAGCUAUUGAACGAGGGGCUUUUCGUGAGAUGUUGGAUCCAUCUGUUCCUGAUUGGCCUCUUGAAGAAGCCUUAGAGUUUGCCAAAUUAGCACUCAAGUGUUCUGAACUCAGAAGGAAAGACAGGCCCGAUCUUGGUAAAGUCGUGCUUCCAUAUUUGAACAAACUGAGAGAGCAAGCGGAAGAAUCUUUAUAUAAUUCUUCACAAAGCUGCACACCUCUCUCACCCUGCUAUAGUCAAGUUUCCAUGUCUAAAGACGAUAUGAGUUAUCCGCCAUCUACACAAUCAAGCAUUGGGGGCUGAUAGAAGGUAGCAAGUACCGGUUGACUGAAAACAUAGUAUUAGCUGUACACAAAGACGGAAGCGACAAUUUUUGACUGUUAAUAGUAAGCUGAAUGCUGCUCUGUUUACCUAGCCAAGUACUUUGAUCUAAACAUUUAAGGUUCACUAGGCAAAAUUGUGCAUGUUUUCUGAUGGUUACUGAUUUCUUAAGCCACUAUAGACAGUCUGAAGACUCUAAACAGUAUGAAGAGGAUUUAUGAAUUUUCGUUUCUCCUAUUUCACCUCCCAGUUCUAUUAUUUAUAUGUUGUCCUGGAAAAGAUCAUGGU